AUUCAAUAAUCCACAAAGUUUUUUUCUUAAUUUUUUAGGAAAGCAAGGAUUUAUCCAAAGGGAAAAGGGAAAGUGUAUGACCACUUAUCACUCUUCCUCCUCCCUGCCGGCGAGUUGACAAAAACCAUGAACGUGGAGUCCAGUUUUGCGAUUACUAGUCAAACGGAUCGCAACAACACAGUGAAAUUGGAGGGAAAAGACAUUUUUCUUGAAAAUAGUGGUGAAGGGUGGGGUUGGCCAGAAUUCAUGCCUCUUAGUGAACUCCAUGACCCUACUAAGGGCUAUAUCGUGGAUGAUACUUGUAUUAUCACAGUCGAGGUUACUUGCUGGAUGAAAGAGGAGGAGGACACAACAUUGAAAGAGAACGAUCCAGCUGAGGUCCCAGAGGCAAAGCGUACCAAAAUCAAAGAUGAAAGACAGUAAGUAGCCUAGGGUAUGAGUUGAAGAAAGUUUUAAGUCACUGAAAGGGAUGAUUACUCUCAAGAAUUGCUUAUGUAUCUAGAAAAAGGUGAAUAUUUUGUGUUCGAUGAAAUGUCUUAAACAGUGGUAAAGUUUUAUUUUGGUAGUGAAAUUGAAAUGAUCAAAGUUAGUAAUGCUAGUUUAUAAUGAAAUAUGGAUGCUUCUCUGAUGAUAUAUGAACGUUUUAAUGUUUAGUGUUUCUA